GUCUAACCUUGACAAAAAAUCAUAAGUUACAUAAGGGUAAAAUAUCACAACAACGAAAACGUAGAAAGGGUAUAAAUAAGCGGUGAGAUCUGAGGAAAAUCGUCACUUCAGCUGUUACAAGUUACUUCCAGCAAAAUGUCUGCCCUUUUCCAGGUAUCCGUGGUUGCUGUUCUGUUCUGCUGCGUUGCUCCAUCCUUGGGACAACUCCCGAGCCCGAGUCAAAAAAGCGAGAACCCUUGUGAUGGCUUCCCGUGUUUUAACCAAGGUGUCUGCAUUGCCAUUGGCGACAAGCCAUCAUGUGUGUGUCAACCAGGAUAUACUGGAAACAUGUGCGAAACUGCGGACCCUUGUAGCAGUUUGAGCUGUUUGAAUGGAGGUGUCUGCCGUGCUCCAUUCAGCACCCCAUACUGUGAUUGUCCUGUAGGAAAUGUCGGAACCAGAUGCCAAACAUAUGCUGGAAUCGUCUUGGACCCCUGUUAUACAAUGAAGUGUUUGAAUGGAGGUUUCUGCGCCACACCUAACAACGAGGCACAGUGUGUGUGUCAACCAGGAUACAGUGGAGACAAAUGCCAACACUAUAGGGAUAUCUAGAUUCCUAAGACAAGGACUUGUGCCUUCUGUGGGUGACGUAAGCGUGUUUGAUCGUUUCGAGCAGAACAUCAAAAAGUGAAUUUCCACCCCGCUUCGCCCCUGAUUCUGAUUAUAUGACGGGAAUCCAGUUAACCAAAUAAAUUUGCCAUGACAAUAAAUAUUGUGAAUUUAAAUAUGUAAAUAAACUUGUACAGUACAAUGA